CUCGCUCACCGCAACUCAGCUCAACGCUCCCUGCUCUCCAGCACCCCCACAUUCUUUUCCAAAAUGCGCUCCUUCAUUUCCCUCGCCCUCUUCGUCGCCGCCUCCGGCUUCGUUAACGCUCUCCCUCUCCCCGGCAAGGCCUCCGUUAGCAUCCUCGACAAGGCUACUGCCGAGGUCAAGAACGUCGCCAACGACGUCACUGCCAAGGUUGGCAACGUCAACAAGCGCGGUGACGAGGUCCCCGGUCUCUCCGCCCUCAACAACGCCAAUGUCGAGAUCACGGAUAUCCUCAACAAGCUCACUGCUGAGGUCGGCGACGUGAACAAGCGUGGCGACGACGUCUCCUCGCUCUCCGCCCUCGACAACGCCUCCGCUGAAGUCAAGGACCUUCUCAACGACGCCAACCUUAAGGCCUUCAACGUUAGCAAGCGUGGCGAUGUCCCUUCCGGUCUCACCGACCUCCUUGCUCAGGUCAAGAAGCUCCUUGACAGCCUCAAGUCGGAGCUCAGCCCCAAGGACAUCUCCGUCCUCGACAACGCCUGGGUCCAGAUUACGAACAUCCUCAACAACCUUACUGUCAAGGCUGGCAACGUCAGCCGUGGCGAGCCCGACCUUUCCAUCCUGAACGAUGCCACCGUUGAGAUCAAGAACCUUCUUGACGGUGUCACGGCCAAGGUCGGCAACGUCAGCCGUGGCGAGCCCGACCUCUCCGUUCUGAACGACCUCAUUGUUGAGAUCAAGAACGUUCUCAACGGUGUCACGGCCAAGGUUGGCAAUGUCAGCAAGCGUAGUGACACCGACAUCCUCGACAACCUCACCGUCGAGAUCAAGAACCUUCUCGACGGUCUCACCGCUGAGGUCGGCGACGUGAACAAGCGCGGUGACGAGGUCCCCGGCCUCUCCAUCCUCGACAACCUCUCCGCCGAGGUCAAGGACAUCCUCAACAAGUGCAAGGUCGAGAUCGCCAACGUCAGCAAGCGCAGCGACGAGCCCGUCUCGGCCGGCAACGACGUUAACGCCGUCAUCCAGGACAUCCUCAGCCACUGCACCAUCAAGGCGUUCAACGUCAGCAAGCGCGGUGACGCUCCCUCGACCGACGUCCUCAACAACCUUGAGGUCGAGAUCAGCAACCUCCUUAACAACCUCGAUGUCGAGGCCUUCAACGUCUCCAACUAAAUGUUGAGCCCCUCAACUUUCGCUUCGGUUUCGUUUGGGUCUUUCGUCACGUCACGUCUUGUUGUUGCCGCCCCUUGACGGAGGAGGUCCUUCACUCACGCUCUUCGCUCUCGUCCUCGUUGUCGUCGUCUCCCGCACUCCCUUGUUUUAAUCUAGCAAUAGCUAUCGCUCAUGUAUACCCCCGCCUUAUGUGUUUACAUUCCACCGCAUACUGUAAAGUACACGGUGUGGCUCCAUACAUUGUUUCCACGAUAGUUAACGUUGCUUUUACAUCACACGCUCACUCUGUAUAUUUGCACGCAGCUACACAUACAUUCCGACUUGCAAUUUCCAUAAUUAAAUCGCAUAUUUGUGCUUCUGCGAGCAAG